GCACAUGCGCUAUAUUUUCUAUCAUCCAUAUUCUUUCCCGUUGGCUUGAUCUUAUGAUCGGCUUGGUCUGUUUAAUCCACUGUUACCAAAAAAUUACUGAAUCUCGGCACUACGGCAAAAUUUAUUUUCCCCAAUACUCAGUAAACCUUGAUCUACACGUGCCAAAUCCAAGAGCCUAUGGUUCGCAAGUGGCCGAAUACCAAUAUUUGAAUAAAUAUCCACGCUCCACAAUCUUGUAGCCAUAUACUUUCCUUUUACCAUAAUGAAGUUGGCUAGUGUUUUUGCUGCAUCUUGUGUCCUUUUGGCCGCUAUGGCUCAGGCCAAGCCCACUAACAAGAAGUGUCAAACUGGUCCUCAUGGCGUCAAGUAUGUCAAGGGUCGCCAAUUCGAUCGUAUCUUUCAAAUUGUCUUUGAAAACCACGAUGUUUGGCCCGUUCAAGCUGAUCCCUGGUUUAAUAAAUUCUGGAAGAAGGAUAACCAUCGUCUUCUCGGUAACUACCACGCCAUUACUCACGUUUCUCAGCCCAAUUAUUUCAACAUGAUUGCCGGUUCUGACUUUGGUGACAAUCUUUACAACGCUGUGGCACAUCACCCCGAAGUCGCUAACCUUACCUCGCUCACUCUGGAAACUUACUACAAAUAUCCCUGGCUCGCUGAUUCCGAUAAUCUUAUCAACUACCCCGCCAAUGUCAAGACCGUUAUUGAUGUUUUGGAGGAAGCUGGUGUCUCCUGGAGAGCCUAUGCUGAAGGCUAUCCUAUCCACCAGGGAUGUAAUUUCACUAUGACGGUAGAUAGCACUGCCUAUGCCCGCAGACAUUUCCCCUUCGUCUCUUUCGAAAGCAUCACCAAUAAGCCAGAGCGUUGCAACAAUAUCUUCAACUCUGACCAAUUCUUCGAGGAUUACAAGAACGGCGAGCUUCCCCAGUAUAUCUACUAUGUUCCUACCGUGAAGGAUGAUAUGCAUGACACCAACACUACAUAUGGCUCUCAGUACAUCCAAAAGACCUGGAGCAAGAUCUUUGAGGAGAAGUACUUUAACGAAAAUGCUUUGAACAUCUUGACCUUUGACGAGUCUGGCAACUUCACCUUUUCUGACAUGAACAACCAGAUCUACACCACCAUCUGGGGAUCUGGCGUUGAGACCAAGUCCACCUGGGAUCACAUUGACUGGGCUUACUACAACCACACUUCUCUCAUCUCCACCAUCGAGGACAACUGGACCGGCAAGAUCGGCCAACUCGGCACUAAUGACACCUUUGCUAAUGUUAUUAGAGUGAAGAAGCCAUAUACUAGCUAAAGGGUUUCCUAAUUAGAUUACCACGUACCCUUUUACAAAUAAACUGACAUCCACUGCAAAACCAUUCCUGAUGAUAUUAGUCAUGAUCUACCAUUGUAUAUGGGAGGAAAUA